ACGAUCUUGAGAUCAUCGACGUAACCUGGAUCGCACUUCUUCGAUGACCGAAAUCUACAGAACAGUUUCAACCGGACGAAGAGACGACGUUUCGCCAACUAAAUGCCGUGAGCGCCGUCGGCGGAGAAUCGAGAUGCGGAGGCAAGCGGCUAUCUACUCAGGCUUUGUUCCACUGAGAAAACAUGCACGGACGACGACGGCGGCGCAGGCGGAGAUGGGCGGUCUUCCGGCGGAUGUCGGAUGUGUCUUUCCGUCUCCGACUUCCUCUCACAAGAAACAAGAAACUCUAGUGUGGAGGGGAGAAGAGACCGACGAUGAACCUAUGUACGGAGUAGUUUCGGUGAUGGGGAGAUCACGUAAGAUGGAAGAUACGGUUACUGUUAAACCGAGUUUAUGUAAACCGGAGAUUAACCAGCAAAAACCGGUUCAUUUCUUCGCUGUUUACGAUGGUCAUGGCGGUUCUCAGGUGUCAACAUUGUGCAGCACGACGAUGCACACGUUAGUAAAGGAAGAGCUGGAGCAACCAGGUUGCAAGCUCGAAGGGGGAGGAAACGACGUCGUGGAGGAGAAAUGGCGAGGAGUGAUGAGGAGGAGUUUCGAGAGGAUGGAUGAGCUGGCUAUGGGGACGUGCAUGUGUAGGACCACUGCGUCUCUUUGCCACUGCGACCCAAGGGAAGCUGCGAUUUCGGGUUCUACUGCGGUUGCUGCGGUUUUGACGAAUGGGAAUGUUGUUGUAGCCAAUACUGGUGACUCACGUGCGGUGUUGUGUCGGAAUGGAAUGGCUAUUCCUCUAAGUAAUGAUCAUAAGCCGGAUAGACCAGACGAGCGUGCGAGAAUUGAAGCAGCUGGUGGUCGAGUUUUAGUAGUGGAUGGAGCUAGAGUUGAAGGAAUCUUAGCCACGUCGAGGGCGAUAGGGGAUACGUAUCUAAAACCAAUGGUAGCAUGGGAACCAGAAGUAACCUCCAUGAGAAGGGAACCUGGUGAUGAAUGCUUAAUAUUAGCGAGCGAUGGCCUCUGGGACGUGCUCUCAAGUCAGCUAGCUUGCGACAUAGCUAGAUUUUGUCUCCGUGAAGAUGCUCCCUCGGGACUUGAUUUGAACGAAACGGCUACGGAAGAUGACAAUGAAGGACAAGGAUCAUCAGGACAUAAUCCUUCAAGGAGUGUGUUAGCUGCAACGUUACUUACGCGGUUGGCUUUGGGUAGACAAAGCAAUGACAAUAUAAGUGUGAUUGUCAUUGAUCUAAAGAAUAGCCCUCCAUAGUACUUGAUGCCAAGGAAUAAGAAAUGGUGAUAUAGCGAUGCGCCUUAAUUAGUUCAAGGGUUUGCGCUCGUCUCUUGUUUUGUUAUGAAUUGGGCUUACGAAACAGUAACAACGGUGAAUGUGAAGAAGCGAGAAGAAUGGUUUGGACUUCGGGCAUGGACUAUAUAUAAGGUUCUAU